UAAUUGUUGAGAACUAUGGAAUUCCUUACAGCACAAUGUGCUGCGAGAUCGGCAGGUCCGGCGAAUACGUUAAUGUCGCUAUUGCUUCACACACUGAUCGCCAAAUAUUGUGAUCUCAGUGGACAACAAAAGUGGCCAGCAGAUUAUGGGGAUUCGUUGGAUAAUUCCGGUGGAUUUAAGGAACCAUAUGACUUUAUUGUUGUCGGAUCUGGCAGCUCGGGAGCUGUUGUUGCCGGUCGCCUGGCGGAGCAAAGCAAUUGGCGUGUACUUCUACUCGAGGCUGGCGGUGAUCCGCCAAUUGAAACGGAAUUCGUGGCCUGGCACAUGGCAACACAGUUCUCCGACUGGGAUUGGCAAUAUCAUACACAGCCGAAUGGACGUGCCUGUAUGGCGAUGCAGGGCGAGAGUUGCCAUUGGCCGCGUGGCAAGAUGCUCGGUGGCACGAAUGGCAUGAAUGCCAUGAUCUAUGCACGGGGCACACGCUUCGAUUUCGAUGAUUGGGAGCAGAGAGGUAAUCCCGGCUGGGGCUAUGACGAUGUGAUUCAUCAUUUCCGCAAGGCCGAGAAUUUGCGCUCGACGCGUCCAGGCUACAAGCCUGGAGAUCAUGGUGUCGAUGGACCCAUGACACUCAAUAAUUACGUCUCGGACAACGAGUUCCGUACAACAAUCCGGGCGGGUAUGCUUGAGAUGGGCUACGGCAGUGCUCCGGACUUUACCGAGGGCUCGUACAUUGGGCAAAUGGAUAUUUUGGGCACCCAGGAUGGUGGACGUCGCAUCACCACCGCCCACUCCCAUCUCCGCAAGGAUACGCCCAAUUUGCAUAUCGUGCGACACGCCCACGUCAAGCACCUCAACUUAAGUGGAAAGAAUCGGGCUGAGAGCGUCACCUUCGUGCAUCGCGGUGGCAAGGAGUACACGGUGCGAGCGAGCAAGGAGAUCAUCCUCUCUGCCGGCGCCAUUGGCACGCCACAGAUUCUACUGCUCUCAGGCAUUGGACCAGCGGAACAUUUGAAGAACGUUGGAGUACCCGUUAAACUGGAUCUGCCCGUGGGUCGCAACUUAAAGGAUCAUGCCAGUCUGCCCGUCAUCUUCCAGAUCGACAAGUCAACGGCACGAAAGCCCACCGAGGAGGAGUUGGUGGAUGCCAUGUACAAUCUGUUGAUGGGUAGAUACAGCAAAUUGUUGCAUCAUGAGGCAACCGCAUUGACGGGUUUCAUCAACACGACCUCGUUGCACGGUCCCAAUCCCGAUAUACAGACAACGAACUUCUUCAGCCUGAUGCAGAGUCCGGAGUUGCGUGGCUAUGUGGCUGCCACAGGAUUCAAUGACCGUGUGGCAAAGAGCAUUUUAUCAGCUAAUCAAAAUUCCAAUACCUACAUCACGUAUCUGUUGCAUUUGAAACCGUUUUCAGCGGGUAGUCUGGAAUUGCAGAGCACCAACUAUUUGGAUGCACCACUUAUCGAUGCCGGCUACAUGACAGAUGAACGUGAUGUGGAGACCUACAUACGAGCCUUGAACAUCUACAAGCGUCUGCCCGAAACGAAGGCGUUCGGUGAGCGUGAGGCUUCCCUUCACAAGAUCGAUCUGGAGUCGUGCAAUGAUCUAACCUAUCAAUCGGAUGAUUAUUGGCGCUGUUAUAUCCGUCACAUGACAACCACCGUCUAUCAUCCAGUGGGCACGGCUCGCAUGGGAUCCGUCAACGAUCCCACAGCUGUCGUCGAUGCCAGACUACGGGUCCAUGGCGCCAGCGGACUGCGUGUCAUCGAUGCCAGCAUAAUGCCCGAUAUUGUGGGUGCCAAUACCAACGCUGCUUGCAUUAUGAUUGGCGAGAAGGGUGCCGACAUGAUUAAGGAGGAUUACCUAGGCAAUCAGCAUACCGAGCUUUAAGCUUAUUCAAUUUAUAUAUCACAAAAAUAUAUAACAUUAUUUUUUUAACAUUUUUUUUUUUACUUUUUAAAGAUAAUGAAUUAAACUGAGUAUGUCGAAAA